AUGUCGCGCGAGUACGGCUGGACCGCUGUAGGCGUAUACUUGGCGCUCUCGGCGCUGGACUUCCCGUUCUGCUUCCUCGCCGUGCGGUUGAUCGGCACGGAUACCAUCGGGCAUUACGAGCACGUUAUAGUGGAAGGGGUGAAGAAUCUGCUGAAAUGGCCGAUCCGGGAAGCCGCGGGCGAUGUGCUCGAGGAGGUGGCCGUUCCGGACGAUAAGAGGGUGUUGGAUGAGAAGAGCGAGGAGGAGGUGCUCAAUGAUCAUGGGUAUAGGGAGGCCGAGCGGGCGAAUCGCGGGGAUAAUGCGAGUCUAUGGACACAGCUUGCUCUCGCGUACGCGGUGCACAAGUCGUUUAUCUUCAUUCGGGUGCCGUUGACGGCGGCGAUCUUGCCAAAGGUGGUCAAGACGCUGAGGUCGUGGGGGUACAAUAUUGGGAAAAUGCCAAGUAGGAAGGCGGUCACGCCUGGCACGGGAACGGGCGUGAAUACUAAGGGGUCAAAGGUUAAGCCUGGAGAUUGA